AGGGAAUAAAUAAUACUGCAGCUUUCAUCUUUUCAAAAAUAUUCGCUGAAGUUACUGACUCGAGCCUUUUCUUCAAUUCACAUGCAGGACCACCGAUAGGUACGAUAACAUCUGCGACAUAUUUGGUAAAUAAUGAUCGGAAUUCACUUGAUUCAAUUAUGGCCGACGAUAAUGGUGUGUACAAAAAUAUUGGAACCUACACCAAUUAUUUCUUCUACGCCGAUGGUGAUUGUCAAAAAGCACAUUUUGAGGAGCAGCAAAGGUUUGUUAAAAAAAAGAGUGGGCAAGAAGUACACCAAUGAAGCCGUAGAGAAGGAGAAAAUAUUCGCUUUGGUUCGAACAUAUCGUCGUCACUCUGUUCAAAAGAGCUUUACAAACACGAUAUGCCGCAUAAAAAGCAUCACAACUGAAAAAUUUAUGAAAUAUUGCCUCGUUAUCAACGCGUGGUCUGGCGAAGAAUCGACAGACUUUCGUAUAGCAUGUCAUGGUAAUGCAAAACGGAAUACUGCAAGGUCGACACCAUUUAUCCGAACAGAGAAAAAGGUUCUAAAGCUAAUGGAAGACGAUUUGAAAAAAGGAAAUAGACCAGAAAGUACUUAUGGUCAAGGCAUUGACAAUUCUGGAGGACCAUUUCGAUGUUCUUCGAAAUCCACGCAGCCACGAAAUCAAAAACAGAUGUAUAACAUACAGCAGAGCAUUGGCAGAAUUUGUUGUACGAAUAAUGAGACAGAUGUUAAUGAAGAUAAGCUGCUAAAGGUUGUUGUGGAAAUGAGGCGGGAAGAACAAAAAUUUAUUCGCAAUGUAAUGUUCACACCAGACGAAUAUAUUGUCACCGCUUUCGAUGACCAACAGUUGAACGAAAUCGAGAAAUUGUGCGUAAAUCAAAACAAAAUAAUUGUGAUGGAUACCACAUUCAAUGUGUGUGAUAUGUGGCUUACAGAUAUCGGCUAUCAAAACCUCCGACUUGUAAACGACAAAGGUAAUCAUCCUUGGUUUUAUGGUCCCGUCCUUUUGCAUAUGAGAAAAACACCCGAAACAUUUUCACGUUUUGCAACAGAAUUUCUUUUAGCCAACAGCAAAUUACGUAGCCUAACUUAUUUGGGUACUGAUCUUGAACGAGCAUUAUUCCAAGGGUUUAAACAUGUCUUACCUGAUCUUAAAAGUCUGCUUUGUGUUAAACACAUGUCUGAUCGAGACAAAAAAAAGUUGACACAGCUUGGUGCAAAGGGGCAGAAAAAUUUUUUAGCGGAUAUCUAUGGCAUCAAUGACGGCGUUGUUAUGGAAUUAGGAUUAGCGUCGGCUGAAGAUGAGGACGAUUUUAAAGCCAAGCUUGACUCUUUGAAGGAGAAUUGGGAAGACCUUGCUCCAACUUUCCACGACUGGUUUUCGAGGAAUCGAGGAAAACAGUUUAUUGAAAGCGUGAUCGAGUCGGCGAGAGAGGGAUCUGGUCUGGAUGGGCUAUUCUACAACAAUGCAAUCGAAUCACUUCAUUCCAUUUUAAAAAUGGAAACUGGAAAUAAAAAACUUGGAAUUAUCGAGCUUAUUUCAAAAGUGAAGGUCAUUAUUCAGAGACAAAGAACUGAAGAAGUUCGAGCUGUUUACCAGUCUGGAAAGUACAUAUUAGCAAAUGAUUACAAUCAAUUUCAGGUUGAUCCAAUCACUUGGCACCGUUAGGACGAGGCACGUAGAAUGGAGCAUGUAAACAGUCUUCGACAAUUUUCACCAUCGUUCAGUGACCUGUAUAUAACAUCUAAAAACGUUGGGAGGAAGCCAAACCACAUUAAUCGCAAACGCCACUUCACAGAUGCAGUAAUAGCCGAGGAAAGGAUUGAUAUAACUCAAACCCCGGUCACACCACUAGUUGUUAAAAAGAAAAAAAAUGGCGAUUAUCAUUGCCAGAAGGUGAUGCCUGUUGAUUUAACUAUGAUUAACCCUAAACGAAAGACCUCUGGGAAAUGUAUGAUGCUACGACUCAAGGCAAUGCAUAAAAUGGUUGCAAGAUGUGUCUCACCAAGUUGUACCAUGAGAAUUACGCCGCAAGACUUUCUCAUCAUCAAGUCUACUGGCGUCGUUACAUUCACCGACAAAUAUAAGAAAGUCUCACUACUGCACAAUGUAACUUUUUGCUUUCGCUAGGAAUACCCAUUACAUUGUAAAUAUGUUUUUCACUAUAUUACAGUAGCUAACUAAGUACUAUUAAUGUUACUAUUACCAUUAAGGUCAAUCCAGCGCGUGAGGUUUUUUGUGCGUGUGUUUUGCCAAUUUUCUCGUUAUGAACAAUCGCUUUUUAACAUUGUAUAUUGUUUUACAUGUAAAUAAAAACAUCUAAACAAAAAUCAUAUUUUUUCUUAACCCUACGCAAUUAUAGCUACCUUUUAUCCUAUUUUACAAAAACCGUUAAAAGUCCAGCAUUGUUAUUUGCCCAAAGAUUUAGGGGCAAGGCGGUUUAUGAAAUCGCGCCCCUGACGGUACCAAAUUAAUAAAUUAGUGCAUGAUUUUGUUACACGUGUUAAGCCCUAAUUCCACCGACCAUCAUGACAGAGAAGCAGGGCAGAGGAGACUGGGAGUUAGAAGCUAAAUCACUGCUGCGGUAUAUUAGCAUUUCAUCCACAGAAAUAAAGGAGGUUUUAAUAUAGAAGGAGGGAAUAUUGGAGAUUAUUUUUUCAUCAAAGCAUUGCAAUUGCUAUGCUACUGCUGGAUUUACUAGAGAGGCGGAACAACGCUUACGCGCAAUUUUUAUACUGACUAUGGACAGGUCUGAAAAAGUACCCUAAAAAGAGCAUAUGAAAUAUGAUUUUCACACUUGAUGUUUUUGACUAAAGAAAAUUCUUUACUAUCAAUUAUAUUUCUCUGUAGUAAAUGAAUAUCGAAAACACAAUGUCCAGUGCAACAUACGUGGUCGAGUAAAAAUUUUAAAAGAGUUAAAUUUCUCCGUAUUUAAUUCGAAAUCUUCUUUUGGGUGUACGCAUUCUCACUGUAUUUAAGAUCGGCGCAGUUUGCGCAUGACAUUUGAAAUCGGCUGGGUGAUUCUGGCUGAUUCUGGGUGGCUCUGGCUGAUUCUAGGGUGGUUCUGGGUGAUUUUGGGUGGUUAUGGCUGAUUCUGGGUUGUUCUGGGUAGUUCCAUAGUUUAGUAAUACCGCUCUAAAUUAGACUAAAAUUGACAGCCAUGUCACUGUUGUAAAGUGUUGGACAAGACAAGAACACUUAUAUGUGUUGUUGAAUGUAUUAUAUAGCUCCUCACUUGUUACAUGUUUCUGAAGAUAUCGCCAUAACUUAACCAAAUAAAUCGUAACUCUGCACUGACACCAAAUUAAAUUCAAUCCACAACCAAUCACGCAUGAAUACCUGCAUCCAUAGAAACUUCACCAAUUGCAGGAUCAACAACCACCAACCAUAUCAAUUUACAUUGAUAACAACAAUCGCAAUCGCGCAUGAUUACCUGCACCCCAUAGAAUCAUCACCAAUAGCAGGAUCAACA